AUGAGAAUUGGGAACAGUUUAACUAAUUAUAGCUACAGUGUACCGGGGGGGGGUUCAUCAAGCAGUAUAGCAAUUGUGGAGUGGCCCUUGGUCUAUCUUGGAAAUUUAAUCUAUGGGCAGGAGAUUUGCCAACAGGGCAUUGUUUGCUGCCAUGUGGUUAAUGUUCACUCUCUGAAACUGCAGUGGGUUUGCAGUCUUUGCAGCUGUAUUUUUAAACAGGGAAGGUGUACAAGAAGCUCUGAACCUUGCCCAUCUGCAGUUGGUGUAUUUCAUGCUAAUACAAAAAUUAUUGUGGAGGAUGGAACGGCAGAGGCAUGGGUGCGCUGUAAAGAUGAACAGGUGGCAGACUUGCUGCAACUCAGCUCAGCAGAGUGGGAAGGAUUGCAGCAACAUGUUGUCCAGCAGGGGAGUGUGUACUUCCAGUACCAGGGUCGCAGUGGACAUGAAUUGCAUGAAGAGAAUACUGGAGAUCUCUUAAUGCAAUACCUUGGAACAGUCUGUGCUAGCCCCAUAGUCUGCAGAUCCAUUCAGCUUGCCUUCAAAGUUGAUUCGAGAAACAAACGCAUGUUAGGACAGACUGAAACCUUUCAAAUGAGGAUGUUGAAAUGUGGAGAUCACCAGUAUAGCACCAAGAUGGCGCCUACUUUGUCUUUGACUUGUUUGGACAUAAAGGAAGUGGACUAUCGAAUGCUUUGUCACUUGGGAAAUGAUAGACUGAUCCAAUAGCAUGGUUGUUGGAGUGCAUUGACUUGUGCAGCUGUAGAUCAAGAAAUAAUCCCACGCAUGAAUCAAGAGAAAUGAUUGUCGAUGUUUACAAACUGUUGCAAAUAAUUGAUACAUCACAGCCUGUUGAGGAAAAGAACACCUUUGUAUUAUACUGAUUUGAAAUGACUGGUUUUGCCCAAUAUACUGUUAUAAACCAAUACUUCAAUUACCAUUUAUAAUUAACAAUAGCUUCAUGAUAUCAAAUGAGUAUUUUAGACUGCAGAAAGUGGUCUUUUGCUUUAAUAUUAUUAAUUUUGACUUUAUUUAUGUAUAGUAC